CCCUUGACCGGUUGUUGGUGUUCUCUCUCGGCUUGGUCCAAGACACCGCUGGGUCAUCAGCACAGGGUUGCUGCAUCAUCCGCAGCAGCUGACAAAAACCGAGAGUCCGACGUCCACGACUCCACCCCCCGCGGGCUUGCUUGCCUUGUCUCCGUGCAUACCCUUGCAGGUUAGAAUGGAGUUCGGCCUUAACGAACGCCCUGGCCCCGCCCCUCGAAAUGGUCCAACAAGUCCGUACAUGCGACAUGCCCCCAAGUCCAAGGCUACAUGAGACUUGCCGGCGGCGGCGGUGUAGCGCCCAUUGUGUUCCUCCGAGCGACUUGCUCGGCCGCCUCGGCCAGAAGCCCAACCCGCCCGUCGCUGCUCGUUCGCUUCUGCCCUGUGCGAAAGCGAGCGAAGCGAGUCCACGAAAUCGAUGCUGCACCAACGCGUGUCCCCCUCGCAACCCUCGCUUUGCUCUGCCCUGCCCUGUUCUGCCGAGGACUUGCAAUCAGUCCUAUGACUCUAGCCCGCUUCCCAAUUCAGUCUCACCACCAGGUUGUUUUGUUGUUCGCAUGCGGUCCAUACAAAGUGUCCUGCAGUCAACUAAGUCAAUUGCACCGCCGCCCAACAACCCUCCUGGGCUUGCUUGCUUCCAUGGAUUGCUUGCAAUGGGGGGUUUGAGAUCCCGACCGUCUACGUGUCUGUGUCGCGGUCCUAUGAUGUCCCGCCUCAGAAUGAUUAAUUAGAAAUUCGUGGCCUGGCUUGGCUUGGAUGCUUGUCUGUAUCCGUCACGUCAUCCGUUUGCCUAAGGGUUUUGUUUGACGCUGCUGAUGCAUCACGUUGAUUGUUAAGCACCUAUGCACUCUUUAUUCCCACUUCGGGUUAUUACUAUGUAGGCACCCAGCAAGCGGAACACGCGCCCAGUGCCUACUGUAAGGCGGCUAUUAGUAUUCUGCGGGGCGUGUGUGUGUUUUGUAUUAGUUAGCAUGGAAGUGCUAUGAAAUCCACAUUCGCCCAAUCGAAUCGCAAUUCCCUCGGCUUCUCUCCGCCUGGGACUUAAUAAUCACGGAGCUUAUUACUAGCAUUUACCACGGCCAGUACUGUACUCAAAUAAUUC